AUGUCGGCUUGGAAGAAUGAAAAGGGAGAGGUGCUGUUUGGGAUGCAUGAUGAUAACGAGGCCUUAGGAAAUGGGGACAGCUUCAUGAAGAUGAAGGACUGGGAGGACAUUGAGCCAGUGUGGCAGGAGUAUGCGCAGGAACAGUUCGCUUUCGAACUCGAAAUGGACGGGGAGGGUAUGCCACUCCUUCUGGACAUCACGGACACGAAACUUGAGGAGAAGAAGGCCAUAGUGAGGGCCUUUCUUACAUCGCACUAUCGGAUAUGUUCCGGGAAGGACAAGGCGGUUGUGCCAUGGAGUGCCAUUGUACAAAGUCAGGAUGACUUCGUGGCCCGGACGUAUCUUCCGGCGGAUGUUGACUUGAAGGAGCCUUUGAAGCUGCAAAAUUGGGACACGACUGCUGUUACGGUAUAUUCAUUCUCUUCGCUUCUCUUUCGAUACUGGACAAUGGUACAUGCAUACGGCCCUUAA